AUAUCGUCUUCUUCUCACUUCCAUUGCUUUUCUCUUUUAACUUUUCUUAAUAAACCCUAAAAGCCAAUCCUUUUACAACAACUCUUCUCUUUUUACAAUUAUUCCAAAAGAGAUAAUGGCUCUGAACUUACUUCCACAGCAAAACCAGUCAUAUACACGCGGUUUGCUAUCAACCACGACUGCUUCUUAUGCAGCAAAUCACCAACAAUCUGAAUAUGAUGAUCAAAAGUAUCAUCGUCAGUAUUCUGAUCAAUUUCAACCUGCUUACCAACUUCAAUAUGGCAGUAGUAAUAUCAACAACAACAUGGCAAGUUCUCUUCAUCAGCAUCAAGAAUUGAAUGCGGUUGAGCUAAUGGCGAUUCCUAUGAGUCUAUCAAUUUACAAUGGCCGCGAUCAACACACGGCUCCAGAGGCAUUUGAAGCCAUCGUACAGGAUUAUCUUGGAAAUCUCUCUUCCAAAAAAAGAGAUAAAGCACUGAUUGAUCAAGCUCGUUACAAUAUGAUACUACAAGUUCUAAAAAAUCCUCGCAAUACAGCCGUGUCUACUGCACAGUUUCGUUUUUGGGUUAAGAAAAUGUUUCAACUUUAUAAUAACCAUAAUAGAUAUGGUCAGCCCUCGGUGUGUCAUGACGGGAAACCAGUGGCUAUGCGGGAACAAUUAUACGAUAUUUUGGUGGGAGCGCACCGUGAAGCUCAUCAUGGAGGAAGGGACAAAACAUCUGCUCUCGUUCGUAAAAGAUAUUCAUGGAUUCCAAAAGAAUUAAUAGCUCGGUUCGUUCGACAUUGCCCAUUCUGUAUCUCUCGUCGUAAUGGAACCAAUCUUAAUUAUUUUGAGCAGCAGCAACAACCUGAAACACAUUUUAAUAAUGAUGACUUUAUUGAUCGUCAGAGAGAACCAUCUUUGACUAGCAGUAGUUCAUGUGGUUCUUCUACAGCUUCACAACCAGAAGAAAUUGCACUUAUAACCGCAGCUACUGCAUUUCAUCAAAAACGUCAGCAGCAAAAUCAAAAGAAUUUGAUGGAAAAUAAUCACAAAACAGCUAUAAAUGUCAAUAUUUUAGACCAGCAACAACAGCAGAUAUUGUACCCCACUUGCAAUAAUAGCAGUAUCAUUGAUACUGACAUGACUUCCUCAAACCUGACAGCUGUAAAGUCAUACUUAAUGACGCAUCCUGCAUCACUUUACAGGAACGUUAUGCCCUGCAGCAGCACAGACGUUGAUGGCAUAAUAAAUGAACCCAUGACAUUUCAACCAACAGCAGCAUUUUAUCUUCCUAACAAUAAUACACACUUGUAUACCAACAAUAAUAUAAGCUCCAGCAACAAGGACCCUCUCCAAUUGAUAACUACUUCUAAAAAUAGUCAUAAUAUGCCUAUUGCUCCUCUCAAUAUCAUCACGACUACUACUGGGGCAGUUGGUUUUGACUAUUACUCCCAGUCAUUAUCGCCUUCUUCAUCUACAACGUCCGCUUUACCGUCAUCACCUAUUUACCCUGCAUAUUUUAACGUGAAUGACAAAGCUUCGAAUGUCAACUUUGCUAGUGUUCCGAAUGAACCUCUUGUACAACAUAAACAUCAACAAAUGACACAUAUUCACAUGCUAGCUUCUCCUUCCAUGCGCUUGAUACCUCAUCCUCUUCAAGAACAACGACAACAACAGCACUUACUUCUCUAAAAAGCGAUACUUCAAAAAUAUAAGCCAGUAAUAUAUCUUAAUCCUUGCUUAUGUUAGGGUGCUACUAUUACCGUAUUGAUACUCACAAUCCUCCCUUUCCAUUCGUUCCUAUAUGGUUUUCUACUUUAUUUUAUUUUUUUUCUUUAUUUUUUUCCUCAGUCGAUACUUUCUUCCUAUAUUAUGCUUGCUGGAUAAAUAAAAGUUGAGC